UGGUCUGUGCCUGGUCCGCCCACUGUCCUCCUCACCCUAUCAGCAAGAGCCAUUCCCCAAAGUUAUCCGAACGCCUUCCUCUGCGUAGCCCAAAGGAAAAACCAACCGAGCUCCUUGGAGGGCUCCGCAAGGCUUGGAUGCUCCAAGCUGCACCUCUCGACCUCUCCAGGCCACCACUCCCAUGUCCUGCGUCCAUCGCAUCUCCUGAAGAGCCCGGUGCCGAGAGCAUGAAGGAGGAGAACCCGUGCCCGGCCUCACCCGAGGGCAGCGUGGACGAGGAGGAGGAGGAGGGCGAGCGGGUACCCAAGAGAUGCCCCCGCAAGCGGGGCCAGGGGGGCGAGGAGCGCGGGCUCCCAUCGCCGCAGGGCAAGCGGAGCAAGCGCAGCCCCGCGCCGCAGCCCCUGGAGGACGCGCACACGCAGCGCGUCAUCGCCAACGUGCGCGAGCGCCAGCGCACCCAGUCCCUCAACGACGCCUUCGCCGAGCUGCGCAAGAUCAUCCCCACGCUGCCCUCCGACAAGCUCAGCAAGAUCCAGACCCUCAAGCUGGCCGCCCGCUACAUUGACUUCUUGUACCAGGUCCUGCAGAGCGAUGAGCUGGACCACAAGGUCGCCAGCUGCAAUUACCUGGCCCACGAGAGGCUCAGCUACGCCUUCUCCGUCUGGAGGAUGGAAGGGGCUUGGUCCAUGUCUGCAUCCCACUGAGA